AUGAAGAAGAAUUGGAGAAGUUUGGUUUUGGUGCUGUUCACAGAACUCUGCAUUUUGGGUUUUAAGCCACCAUGUUCAAAUGCUGCAACAGAUCAAGGAGAUGCUUCUGCCUUAGGGGUAAUGUUCAGCAGUUUAAAUUCACCUCCACAGCUAACUGGAUGGACCGCAAACAAUGGCGAUCCUUGUGGACAGUCCUGGAAAGGUGUUACUUGCUCGGACCAACGUGUCACCGAGAUUAAACUGUCUAGUCUCGGACUUUCUGGAUCAAUGGGUUACAGCCUUCAAAGUUUGACAUCAUUGAAGGAACUGGACUUGAGCAAUAACAAUCUCACAGGCGAUAUACCGUAUAACAUUCCUCUGAACUUGCAACGAUUAAAUCUUGCAUUUAAUCAUUUUACUGGAAGUGUCCCUUAUUCCAUCAAUCAGAUGCAUUCUCUACAAUACCUAAAUUUUGGACAUAACCAGUUGCAGAACCAAUUGGGUGACAUGUUUGGACCACUUUCUUCCCUCUCCACGUUGGAUCUUUCUUUCAAUUCUCUGACCGGCGAUCUCCCCGUGAGUUUUAAGAAUCUUACCAGUAUGAACACCAUGUACUUACAGAGCAACCAGUUUACGGGCACUAUCAUUAUCCUUGCCAAUCUUCCCCUUGACACUCUGUAUAUCUCCAAUAACCAUUUUUCCGGCUGGAUACCGGAUCAAUUGAAAAUCAUCGAUUUGCAGAAAAACGGUAAUUCAUGGAGCUCGGGGCCUGCACCUCCACCUCCACCUGGUACUUCUCCUGCCACUAAAAACAAUAGAAAUCACAAAUCCGGUGGCAGUAGUUCCCCAUCGGAUGGUGGUUCUAGUGGUGGGGGCAACAAAUUAGGGAUCGGGGGUGGAGGCAUAGCAGGAAUAGUAAUAUCUAUCCUUAUUGUUGGGGCAAUUGUGACAUUCUUUCUGGUGAAGAGAAGAUCCAGGAGGCCAUCCUCAGAUAUUGAAAGCCUUGAUGAUCAACCCUUUUCUCCUCUUCCUUCUAAUGAAGUGCAAGAAAUGAGCUCCAUACAGCCUUCCUCUUCAGUCGAGACCGAAACUUUUGAAACAACUGCUUCGAUAAACCUUCAUCCCCCACCCAUUGUCUGCCACAAAUCGUUUGAUGAAGAAGAUUUUUCUAAAAAGCCCAUUGUUGUUAAGAAAGCUGUCCCAGUUCAUAAAACUGUUGCAUCAUAUUCAAUAGCAGACCUCCAGAUGGCUACAGGCAGUUUCAGCAUUGAAAAUCUUCUUGGCGAAGGAUCUUUUGGCCGUGUUUAUCGAGCUCAAUUUGAUGACGGCAAGGUUCUUGCGGUGAAGAAAAUAGAUUCAUCAGCUCUUCCCAGUGAAAUGGCCGACAAUUUUAUAGAGAUGGUUUCGAACAUCUCCGAGUUGAAUCAUACAAAUGUCACAGAGCUGGUUGGCUAUUGUUCAGAGCAUGGACAGCACCUACUUGUCUAUGAGUUCCACAAAAAUGGCUCACUUCAUGACUUCCUGCAUCUAUCAGAUGAAGACAGCAAGCCUUUGAUUUGGAAUUCCCGUGUCAAAAUCGCUCUGGGGACUGCACGCGCAUUAGAGUACUUGCAUGAAGGUUGCUCGCCGUCUGUUGUUCAUAAAAACAUCAAGUCGGCAAACAUCUUACUCGAUGUUGAACUCAAUCCUCACCUCUCAGACUCGGGCUUGGCAACUUUUAUUCCAAAUGCAGAUCAGGUAAAUUUUCGUGAUGAUGUUACUAUGUUGGGAUACGGUGCACCUGAAGUUACAAUGUCUGGUCAGUACUCUCUUAAGAGUGACGUUUACAGUUUCGGAGUGGUUAUGUUGGAACUUCUCACCGGACGUAAGCCAUUUGAUAGCACAAGGCCAAGACUAGAGCAAUCUUUGGUUCGAUGGGCAACACCUCAGCUGCAUGAUAUCGAUGCUCUAUCAAAGAUGGUUGACCCUGCACUUAACGGGCUUUACCCGGUUAAAUCUCUCUCUAGGUUUGCAGACGUGAUCGCCCUUUCUGUCCAGCCAGAGCCCGAGUUUCGACCUCCAAUGUCAGAAGUAGUUCAAGCAUUGGUUCGACUAGUACAACGAGCUAACAUGAGUAAGAGAACAAAAGGGUCGGAUCAAGGUGCAUCUCGAAGAACAGAUAAAGCAGUGGCUGAUGAAACACAGGACUACAUGUCUUCAAGGGAUAUGCAGUAGGCGGUUGACUGUUUUAGUGAUGAGGACUCGAGAUAUCAUAACCAUGUCGAAUGCUAUUGUUUUAUGGUAGCUAAUAAAAUACACCUCCCCAAACUUUAGCUUCAGUUUCAAAUCAGGCCAGCACUUUGUAAUAUGUUGCAAUGUAGUCCAACCCCACCAGUU